AUGGAAUCACCCGACUCUCACUCACCUGUUGGUAAAGAAAAGACCUCGGACUGUGAGGCAGGGUCGGCAGAGCACCCGGACCGAGUCGCGAGCAUCACGGCCGGAGAGAAUGCACCGCAAGAUCAGCUCAGGCGCGACAUAAAACCGUUGGAGAUCCUCUCUCUCGGUUUCAACAUCUGCAACAGCUGGAUCGCCAUCUCCACCGCGCUGGCCAUUGCCAUCUCCGCCGGCGGUACAGUAACCGUCCUCUACGGGGUCCUUAUCGCCUCGUUCGCGUACCUGGCCGUUGCCAUCACACUUGCGGAAUUGGCAUCCGUCUAUCCCACGGCCGGAGGACAGUAUCAUUUCACGUCCAUCUUGUGUCCUCAGAAAGUCAACCGGGCAGUGUCCUAUGCUUGUGGUCUUGCGGCAGUCAGCUCUUGGGUCUUCCUGGCUGCUGCCAUUACUACUCUAUCAGCACAGUUGUUGCUGGCCGUGCCCGCUUUCUACAUUGAAACCUAUACGCCGUUGGCAUGGCACUACUUCAUGGUGUAUCAGGCCAUCAAUAUCGUUCUUCUUCUCUACAACAUUUACUGUCUUAAACGAGCACCAUGGACACAUGAUAUUGGCUUUGCAUUGAGUCUUCUCAUGUUCCUCAUCAUUCUCGUCACAUGUCUUGCUCUAUCCACCAAGAACAACUCGGAAACGAUCUGGACGGGCUUUGAUAACACGACAGGUUGGCCAGCAGGCGUUACAUUCUUGACAGGUCUCGUCACUCCAGCCAGCAUGUACGGCGGGAUCGACGCUGUUUUGCAUCUCGCCGAGGAAUGCAAGCAACCGGAGCGUACAGUACCGAGGGCCAUGAUGGCCAUUAUCACCAUAGGUUUUCUGACCGGGUUCGGGUUUGCGGUGGCCAUGUGUUACGGCAUCACGGAUCUCGAGCCUCUCAUUGGUUCCACAAUGCCCAUAUAUGAAUUAUGGAGGCAAGCCACUGGAAGCGCAACAGCAGCUACCGUGUUCGUCGUCGUAUUGCACAUCAUCACCUUAUUUGCCGUCAACGCCGUGCAGCAGACAGCCUCCCGUAUGACAUGGGCUUUCGCUAGAGAUGGCGCACUACCUGCGAAGUCUUGGCUAGCUAGCGUCGACGCUCGAAAGCAGGUCCCAGUAUGGUCCCUUCUCGCGAAUGCUGUUGUGAUCUUUGUGAGUGGCUGUGUGUAUUUGGGAUCGGCCGCCGCGUUCUCUGCCAUCAUCGGGUCAAGCCUCAUCCUGCAGCUUCUUUCGUUUACUAUUCCGUCCCUGCUGCUUCUGUGGCACAAACGGUCAGCCGACGUCUUGCCUCUGGACCGACCCUUCCGUGUCCCAAACAUCGUGGGAUGGGCAGCCAACAUCAUUGUGGUCAUCUUCGGUAUCCUACUUACUAUAUUUUUCACUUUUCCAGCCGCAAUGCCAGUGACAGGUUCCAGUAUGAAUUAUGCCAGCGCAGUUAUUGCAGUGGUGGGUGUUCUAGGAGCUGUGAAUUGGGUAUGCUACGCGAAGAACCACUUUGCAGGACCAAGCAUUGAAGAGUAUCUGCAUAAAUGA